AUUCUCUCUUUCAGUUUCUCUGUUCUGUUUGCCUAUCACUGGCUUCAUCCAUAGAGAAAACUCCAAGAGAAACACAAGUAGAGAUCUUUGAUUCCUUUUGGGUCCUCUCCCUUCUCACCAUUUGACAGAAGCCCAGUUUAGCAUAGUACAUACUACACAGCUCUAGAGUGGUUCAGACUACAAACUCUAGCAUUGGUUGAGCUCUUUUGGGUCCCCAAUGGCAAGGCAAAUGGACCCAGAAUCUGCUUCUGCUUCCGGCGGUUCACGCAUGAAUUUCUAUGCGGCCACUCUCUGCCUUGCUUAUCAGAGUCUUGGUAUUGUUUAUGGGGAUCUUAGUAUAUCACCAAUAUAUGCCUACAAAAGUACAUUCUCGGGUGGUUUGCAGCUUUAUGAGGAGGAUAUUGAGAUUCUUGGGGUACUUUCCAUGGUUUUGUGGACUUUGACUCUCAUUCCUCUCUGCAAAUACAUGAUAUUUGUGUUAGCAGCAGAUGACCAUGGCGAAGGUGGAUCGUUUGCUUUGUAUUCAUUACUCUGCCGGCAUUCAAGGAUGGGCUUUUUGAACACCAUCAAUCCUUCUCAAGAGCAUAUAUCUUCUUGCAGAUCUGAAAUGUCCAAGGAUACCAGAACGAGCUUACUCAUAAAACAGUUUUUUGAGAAGCACAAGAAUUCUCGAGUAGUAUUGGUGCUUGUAGUUUUCUUAGGGACCGGCAUGAUAAUUGGUGAUGGUAUCCUCACUCCAACCAUGUCUGUUCUUUCUGCAGUCUAUGGAAUUAAAGUCAAAGUCCCAGAGUUACAUGAGAAUUAUACUGUGCUCAUAGCUUGCAUCAUCUUGGUUAGCCUCUUUGCUGUUCAGCAUUAUGGGACACACAGAGUUGGGUUUCUUUUUGCUCCAAUCAUGACAGCAUGGUUGCUAUGCAUCAGUGGGGUGGGCAUUUACAAUAUAUUUCGUUGGAACCCUGGUGUUAUAUGUGCUCUGUCACCACACUAUAUUUAUAAGUUCUUUAAAAAAACUGGAAGAGUUGGGUUUAGUUCGCUUGGAGGCAUUGUUCUUUGUCUCACAGGUACAGAAGCAAUGUUUGCUGAUCUUGGCCAUUUUUCCAAACUGUCUAUUAGGGUUGCAUUUACAGGCUUUAUUUAUCCUUGCUUAGUUCUGGCAUACAUGGGAGAGGCUGCUUUUCUCUCCAAGCACAAAAUGGAUCUCCACAGAAGCUUUUACAUGGCCAUCCCUGAGGUCAUUUUUUGGCCGGUAUUCAUUAUUGCUACUCUUGCUUCUGUGGUGGCAAGUCAAGCAAUAAUUUCAGCUACCUUCUCAAUAGUCAGUCAGUGUAGGGGACUGCGAUGCUUCCCUCGUGUGAAGAUAAAACAUACAUCAAAUCAGAUAUUUGGGCAGAUAUACAUUCCCGAGGUGAACUGGAUUUUGAUGGUAUUGUGUCUGGCUGUCAUCAUUGGAUUUCGAGACACUGAUAUGAUAGGCAAUGCAUAUGGGCUUGCUGCAGUGUCAGUAAUGUUCAUCACGACCUGCUUGAUGUUUUUGAUUAUUAGUACUGUUUGGAAGCAAAACAUCCUUGUGGCAUCCCUGUUCGUCAUCAUCUUUGGAUCUCUCGAGCUACUCUAUAUCUCUGCAUGCCUCAGUAAAGUACAUAAAGGAGGCUGGGUUCCCCUUUGUUCCGCUUUUAUAAUCAUGUCUUUGAUGUCUAUAUGGAAUUAUGGGACUGUAAAGAAAGAUGCAUUUGAGCUGGAGAACAAGGUGCCCUUGGAUAGGCUUCUGAGCUCUGGGCCAAGCAUAGGUAUUGCAAGAGUACCUGGAAUCUGCCUAGUCUAUUCUAACAUUCCCUCUGGUCUCCCUCCAAUGUUUGCACAUUUCGUCACGAACUUCCCAACAUUUCAUCAAACUCUCAUAUUUGUGACCCUUCAGUCUUUCAUGGUUCCAAAAGUUCCAGUGAAUGAGCGUUUUGUUGUUAGCCGGGUUGGCCUGCCAGAAAUGCUUAUCUUUCGGUGUUUAGUGAGGUAUGGAUACAAGGAUGCAAGAGAUUGCUACAAAUUUGAAAUCCAACUGAUUGAAGAGGUGGCAGAGUUCCUGAAACAGGAGGCUCAUAGCAAAGAGAUGGCAGUCAGAGAGCCAUCACCGAACCAUAUGUUUGGUGCUCUGGGAGACGACGAGGUUAGUAUUGCCAGUUCUGAGCAGUGGAGAAACGAGAUUAAGGUUGGCAGUGUCGAGUGUCAAGAGGUGACCAAGCUCAAGGAGUGUAGGGAAGCUGGUGUGGCUUACAUGAUUGGAAAUAAUUAUAUUGUGGCGCGUCCCAUAUCGCCUUUCCUGAAGAAGUUUGCAAUCUCUGUCUACAAUUUUCUGAGACGGAACUGCAGGCGUCCAGCAAACGCCCUUGGGAUUCCUCAUCCCACACUGCUCGAAGUGGGAAUGCUCUAUCGGGUGUAAGCUUUAGCAGAAGGGAGUAAGUACCCUCAGAGGCAAGUGUGGAGCUAGCUAGUUGAUAAAGAAAAGCUUUUCCUUCUUUUACCAAUGCUUUAACUUGAUGAAGGAACUAGACUGAAGGAAGUAAGUUCAGCUACGUACAUGGUACAUAUUGUUGUUGAUAAUAGGAAUCUUAGAACAGGUAACACUAACAACCACCCCUUCUAUCAGUUCUAUGUACUCGAUGUGAUAUAUGAUAUACAAGAACA